AUGGUUGCUCAAGUUCAAAAACCAGCUCCAGCCUUUAAGAAGACUGCUGUUGUCGAUGGUGUAUUCGAUGAAGUUUCUUUGGAUAAAUACAAGGGUAAAUAUGUUGUUUUAGCUUUUGUUCCAUUAGCUUUCACUUUUGUUUGCCCAACAGAAAUCGUUGCAUUCUCUGAUGCUGCCAAGAGAUUUGAAGACAUUGGUGCUCAAAUCAUGUUUGCUUCUACUGAUUCUGAAUACUCUUUGUUGGCUUGGACUAAUAUUCCAAGAAAAGAUGGUGGUUUAGGUCCAGUCGAUAUCCCAUUGAUUGCUGAUACUAACCACUCCUUGGCCAAGGACUACGGUGUCUUGAUUGAAGAAGAAGGUAUUGCUUUGAGAGGUUUGUUCAUCAUCGAUCCAAAGGGUAACGUUAGACACAUUACUAUUAAUGACUUGCCAGUUGGUAGAAACGUUGAAGAAGCUUUAAGAUUAGUUGAAGGUUUCCAAUGGACUGACAAGCACGGUACUGUUUUGCCAUGUAACUGGACCCCAGGUUCUGCUACUAUCAAGCCAGAAGUCGAUGCUUCUAAGGAAUACUUCAAUUCUGUAAACUAA